AUGAAGGCUUCUAUAGUUAUCUUUACUGUCUUUGCUGCCAUGGUUGCGGCCACCCCCGUGCCGCAGCCGGAACCGCAGUGCGCUGGUUGCGAACCUUCAGGCAAGGGGUCGUCUGGAGCUGGUGCCAAUGCCAGCAGCAACAACACCAACACCAACAACAACGAAAACAACAUCAGUGUUGGCGUUACCAACCCUGGGGGCAGCGGCGGUAGCAGCGGCGGUGGCAACAGCGGUGGCAACGGCGAUACUGAGCCCAAGGGCUCCUGCAAGGCCUGCAUUGACUUCUGCACUGGACGUGGCGAUCUCAUUGAUGGUGUCUGUAAGGCUAUUGUUUGCGGUAUUGAUUGUAUCGUCAUUUGA